ACGAAGGUGGUGUCGAUGUAGGCGACGUCGACGCCAAGGCCCUCAAACUCGACAUUCCCGUCCCAACAUCUGCCAAGCCCAACACAUUCCCUUCAAAAGAGACCAUCGCCGCCACCCUCCUUACCCAUGUCCCUGCCGAGAAGAAGAGCGCCCUCGUCGACUUCCUCAUUCGGUUGUACUCGGUAUACGUCGACCUCCACUUUGCUUACCUUGAGAUCAACCCUCUCAUCUGUCUCGGUGCAUCAGAGAGCAAGAGCGGAAAGGUUGAGAUUCACUACUUGGACAUGGCUGCCAAGCUCGAUCAGACAGCUGAGAGCAUUUGCGGACAAAAGUGGGCUAUUGCUCGCGACCUCAGCGUUUACGACGGCUCGGCUGUCGUGCAAAAGGGUGGCAAGGUCACUGCCGACCGUGGUCCCCCCAUGAUCCUCAUCAUCGGUGGUGGUAUUGCCAACUUCACCAAUGUCGCUGCAACAUUCAAGGGCAUUAUUCGCGCUUUGAAAGAGUACAAGCAACAGCUCAUCAACUCUGGGGUCAAGAUCUUUGUCCGACGUGGCGGUCCCAACUACCAGGAAGGUCUCAAGGCGAUGAGACUGCUCGGAGAGUCCCUGGGUGUUCCCAUCCGUGUCUUUGGUCCUGAAACCCACAUCACAGAGAUCGUUCCUCUUGCUCUCGGCAUCAGUGCAAAGUCGCACUCACCAAAGAGCGUUCCUGCAACUGCCCCUGGAACUCCACCUGCCGCUGCUUCUGGCUCCGUCACGUCCGAACCCUCUGCCGUCGGCACCAUCCACCCAUCUGGCGAGCGUACCCAACCCGAUGACCAGAUCGUACACUUUGACACCAGCUCUCCCACUUCCCGACCCAGCUACCGGCCUUUCGAUGAACACACCAGGAGUUUCGUCUAUGGUCUCCAGCCCCGUGCAAUUCAGGGUAUGCUCGACUUUGAUUACUCUUGCGGUCGCGCUACACCUAGCGUUGCUGCAAUGAUCUACCCCUUCGGUGGUCAUCAUAUUCAAAAGUUCUACUGGGGUACUAAGGAGACCCUACUCCCUGUUUACACCAGCGUCGGCGAGGCUGUCGCCAAGCACCCUGACGUCGAUGUUGUCGUCAACUUUGCCAGUAGCCGAUCCGUGCUCGGCAGCACAAUGGAGAUUCUCAAGGGUGGAUACACCGGCAUUCGCAGCAUUGCGCUCAUUGCUGAGGGUGUUCCCGAGAGACAUGCCCGUGAGAUUCUCUGGGAGGCCAAGCAGCGUAACGUGCUGAUCAUUGGUCCUGCUACUGUUGGAGGUAUCAAGCCUGGUUGCUUCAGGAUCGGAAACUCUGGUGGUAUGAUGGACAACAUCAUCGCGUCCAAGCUCUACCGUGCCGGUUCGGUUGGUUACGUCUCCAAGUCCGGUGGUAUGUCCAACGAGCUUAACAACAUCCUUUCCUUUACGACGAACGGCACAUACGAGGGUAUCGCUAUCGGUGGUGACCGUUACCCCGGUACCACCUUCAUCGACCAUCUCCUCCGCUACGAGGCUGAUCCCGACUGCAAGAUGCUAGUUCUCCUCGGUGAAGUUGGUGGUGUUGAAGAGUACCGCGUGAUCGAGGCCGUCAAGAACGGGCAGAUCAAGAAGCCCAUCGUUGCAUGGGCCAUCGGUACCUGCGCCAAGAUGUUUACUACCGAAGUGCAGUUCGGGCACGCUGGAAGUAUGGCCAACUCUGACCUCGAGACUGCCGAUGCGAAGAACCGCGCGAUGAGGGAGGCAGGGUUCGUUGUUCCGGAAACCUUUGAGGAGUUGCCGACUGUCCUUCGGGAGACGUAUGACGCGCUCGUCGCAAAGGGUGUUGUUGUGCCUAAGCCCGAGAGGGACCCUCCUGUUAUUCCGAUGGACUACAAGUGGGCUCAGGAGUUGGGCUUGAUCCGUAAACCUGCUGCAUUCAUCUCGACGAUCUCCGAUGAGCGCGGCCAGGAGCUGUUGUAUGCUGGUAUGAGGAUCAGUGAUGUAUUCAAGGAGGAUAUUGGGCUUGGUGGUGUUGUCAGUCUGCUGUGGUUCAAGAGGCGUUUGCCUCCUUGGGCGACCAAGUUCAUCGAGAUGGUCCUCAUGCUCACUGCGGAUCACGGUCCGGCUGUUUCUGGUGCUAUGAACACGAUCGUCGCGUCGCGAGCGGGCAAGGACUUGAUUUCGUCCUUGGCAUCCGGUCUGUUGACGAUCGGUAGUCGGUUCGGUGGUGCUCUCGACGAAGCUGCUGCUAUGUUUAGCAACGCGCGGGACACAGGUUUGACGCCGCGGGAGUUUGUUGACAACUCAAGAAAAGCAAACAAGCUUAUCUCCGGUAUUGGACACAAGAUCAAGAGCGUCAACAACCCUGAUUUGCGUGUUGAGCUUGUCAAGGAGUAUGUUCGCAAAAACUUCCCCAGCCACUCAUUGCUCGACUACGCGCUUGCUGUGGAAAAGGUGACAACGAGCAAGAAGGAUACCCUGAUUCUGAACGUGGAUGGAUGUAUUGCUGUGUGCUUUGUCGACCUGUUGAGGGACAGUGGUGCGUUCACGCCAGAGGAAGCGGAUGAGUACAUCAAGAUCGGUACAUUGAACGGCUUGUUCGUGCUUGGCAGGAGUAUCGGUUUCAUUGGACAUCAUCUUGACCAGAAGAGACUGAGGGCACCACUGUACCGACACCCUGCAGAUGAUAUCUUUAUCAACAUGGCAGAUGUGAGCCAACCGCGGGUGCUGGGCAGGAUGCAGUGAUUGAUGGUGGAUCGAGAAGUUUUCCUUUACUAUGUUUUCUCUGUGCUUUUAGUAGAUAGUAAUUAGACCACACGCAAUGCAUAUUUUUCUCUGUUUCAUG